AUGUGGCAGGACGACGAGGAUAACAACCCGUACGGGUCCUUCGACAACCAGGACCCUGCCGUUGAUCCCACCAUCACCUCAUAUGCCAACGAACCCUCCACUCCUCCUUCCUCACAGCCUUCUCCGAACCAGCCGCCUCAAUUCCUCUCCAGACCAAGCAACAUCAGCGACGAUGAGGAAGAGUAUGAGGGACAAACAGAAGAAGAACAGAGUGCACCUAUCCCCCCCAAAGGCGGCUACGAUGGGAGAGUACAGCAGAUCCUUUAUGAGAAUCCAGACUUGGAAAUCGUCAUUACCGAUGCUGGUAAGAGCUCGGAUGGAGGCUACAUUGUCUACAAGAUUCGGACGGGGGACAUUGAAGUCGCCCGUCGUUAUUCGGAAUUCAGCUCACUGCGUGUUGCUCUGGUCAGCCUCCAUCCUACUUUAGUUAUUCCACCAAUCCCCGAGAAGCACUCGAUGGCAGAUUACGCCGCCAAACCCACCAGAGCCAAGGAAGACGCAGGUAUCAUCGAUCUGCGGAAGCGCAUGCUUGGAGUCUUCCUCAAUCGGUGCCGACGCAUGAGAGAAGUCGUUGAAGACGGCGUAUGGUGGAGGUUUUUGGAUCCUAAUUCUAGCUGGAACGAGGUCUUGCACGCCCACCCAGUCUCUUCUGUCCCCAAGAACAACCUGAAAGCCCCCCCACUAGAUCCUGCGAAUCCAACUGCCGCUCACAAUUGGUUGCCCAUACCCCCGGCCUCAGCCAAAAUUCGACCGGGCGGCCAGAAUUCAAGUAGCGGAACACCAAUCUCUCCACCAGAUCAAUCAUGGCCUUCCACGGCAGCACAUACCACUCCCGGGCCACAGAUCUUUGGCCGCUUCCCAGUUGCUGCAGAUAAAUUGAGCGAGACAGAGUUGGAUCCCUAUUUUAUCAACUUCGAGUCUUCUACGCGGGAGCUGGAACUAUUACUGCAAGGAAGCAUUGAGAAAGUCAAUCGUCGCACAUUGGAGCAUCUAACUAAGCUCUCGGCCGAUCUUGCUGAACUUGGCGCUCGCUACAAUGGAUUCUCACUUUCUGAACAGUCGACCAUGGUUGCCGCGGCGAUUGAACGGAUAGGUCAGGCGGUGGACAGCACAUACAUCUCGACGGAGGAAUUGUCGUUAAGCCUGGGAGCUACAUUUGCCGAGCCUAUGCGGGAGAGUGCACAAUUUGCAGGCGUUGUGCGUAAUGUCCUGAGAUAUCGGGUACUGAAACGGGUGCAGCAGGAAAUGACUCGGGAAGAUCUGGAGAAGAAGCGAUACCUCCUUGACUCUUUGGAGAGGAGCGAAAGUGAGGCCAAACGCAUUGAUGCAUACCUCGCCAACAGUACAGUUUUGUCUAGUCCUCCUCGACGGUCAACAUCAAAUGCAUCUGCCCGAAGUCAGACGGACGGGCAGUCACCUGGUGGUAGAGAAGGGCACGAGGAGACCGAAUCUGUGGACUCAGACUUUCCACCUACGCAUGGUGACGCAGUAGGUUCACCACCCUCGUCUUCACAAGGUCAGGCACAGCCUCAGACCGGGCCACCGUCGCCUCCGUCCCACCGGAAGUCUCCUAGUGGGAACUUUGUAACGAACAAGAUUUUUGGGAGCUUCAGGCAUGCUGUCAACGGGUUUGUUGACGUUGAUCCGGAACGCACAAGACGUGACCAGAUCGGCAAGACUCGAGAGAGCCUGACACAGCUUGAGCAAGCAUUGGAAGUGUCCGAGAAGGAUGUCCGAGAUGCGACACUAGGAGUGUUGAAGGAUCUGAAGAGGUUCCAGAAGGAGAAAGAGGAUGAUAUCCAGCGCUACAUGAUAUCAUAUGCUCGAUCUCACAUUGAAUGGGCGCGGAAGAACUUGGAGACAUGGUCGGAGGCACGGGAAGAAGUGGACAAGAUCGUGGCCAGAUAG